AGACAGGUUGUAGGUGGGUAGCUGCCUGGCUCCAAAGCAAAAUCCCCCCCAAAAAGUGACGGAAUACCUUGUGUAAGACCAAACAAGGUCCCGAAAACAGCAUGCAAGCUUUGGGGUUCUUCAGCACCCUUCAUCCUGCAGGAUUUUGGCUUGUAAGGGCAGAGUUUUUCAGGUCACAAUCUGAAACACCCCUUUCCGCAUCCUGCGCAGAGCUCCGCAGAAGCGCCAUCGUGCCAGAUGCGCCUCGCGUCCGCGAGGGGCGCUAAGCAGCUCCUUCCCCUUCUCGGCUUUAUUGCCCAGCGGAGGCCUGGCUGGGCCUGACGGGCGCCCUGGAACUCGGAGCGUUCCAGUUUCUUCGCUCCAAUGUGGAGCGUUCGACGUGGUUCGAUAGCCGUUGCAGUUGCCGGAGGCCGAGCGGUUCGGGUGCACAGGGCGGGAGCGGCGGCUGCAGGAUGGCGACGGUGGCAGAACGCCGCUUCUUGUGGCGCUGGCGAGGGAGGCCUGCUUCUGCCGGGGUGCCCCACAUGCCGGGCACUGCACCACUCAGCCCCUCUCUGCGGCUCCAGGAAUCUGCUGAAGAAGUUUCUCUAUAAAAAGAAGAAGAAGUUUUGGUAUGAUAGUCCUAUGCUGGGCUCCCAUCUGGUAUAUAAGCCAUCCAACCUGAACAAUAUUUUAAAGCUUGCUCCACCCAAAGUCAGAAAAGAAGAAAGCAUACGCAAAAGAACCCUAGAUGUUCUGCUAUUUAAAGCUGUGAGAAGCAUUCUGAGUACUUGCGAGGCUGGUGAAGAAGUAUAUAAUCUCAGUGUAGAACUGUCUAAAGGAUCCCUUGCAUCAGAUUUUUCAGUGUGUCGUAUAUAUUGGAAGACUACUGGUAAUACAGAACAAGAUGACUGUAUUGAUAAGGUUCUGCAGCAGAGUGCUCACCGUAUAAGACACCUUCUGAUUUCGAAUCAGGUCCUAGGAAAUGUUCCUCCAAUAAUAUUUGUUAGAGACAAAGCAGAUGCUGCAGUACAAGAGAUUGAGAAGCUAUUGGCAAUUGCAGAUUUUGGGCCAGCAGAAGAAGAAAAUGAAUUGGAUCAAAAUGAUUUCAGCAAACAAAGAUCCACCAUGGCUGUUGUAUCUCUGGACACCUCAGAUUCUCCCAUCCUCUCUAAUUUAUUUGGGGUUAAUCAUGAAGAAUUAAAUAAGCAAAUACUUGAAUACAAAAAAAUGAGGAAGGACAAGGAAAUAGAAGGGAUUGGACUGUCAGAGCAGCAGCUGAAGCAGCUGGCUGAAAUACAGAAGCAAAAGAAACUAAGGAAGAAAAAAGCCAGAAAAACUUUUGAUGAUGAUAUCACACCUGAGAAAUAUUUAAUGGACAAAUAUGAUGAAGAUUAUUGGGAUAGUGAAGGUGAAUCCCCCCAAGAAGCUGAACUGGAAUAUCAAUCACAAGAAAUAGAAAAUGAACUGGAGAUAGAUAAUGGAAACACUAAGCUUAAGUAAAUUUGAAAAAACUGCGGCUCAGUUCAGAUACCAUGCUACUGUUUUAUGGAAUGUAAAUGGACCAGGUGCACAUGGGCUUCUUCCUUUGAGAAUUCUCUCUUCCCUUUCCUGAUUUGAUUGACCAUAGUUUGUUACUAUGACGUCAAAAUUAUGCAAGGAAUUAUCUGCAAAACCAUGGUCUGAAGGCAAUUACGGGCUAGUACUAUAACUUUCCUGAUUUAGACACCACUGCAAACUGUGGUUAUGCAAACCAGAACAUGAAGGAAGAAAUCGGUGCACAAGAGAGGUGAGAAAAAAGGGUGCAUUCCUGAUUUUCCAAAAGACAGUUUGGAAUUGGGAUUGUUACACUUGAACUGAGCCUGUAGGUUUUGUGUGUUUACAAAAAAAAAGCUAUUAAAACAUUUAAGCUUUCUUUGAUUUUAGAAAUGCAGUCAUGGAUCAUGUUAUUUGUAGCAGGGAAACAGAUGGUACAUGUAGAAAUAAUGAUUCAGGAAAUUCAGGAGAAUGGAUGGUUCGGCAAGGAAGAUAAAACACUGAACCUACUGAAAGACGCACAGGCCAAGGCACACAUAAUAGGAGCAUGAUUUGGAGCCUGUACCUGAGCAGGACGGCAUAUGAGAGCGUAUAGGGCUCUCCAGUACUGGUGCAAAGAGGGAGCCUCUACACUUGGGAGAGCAACUGCUUGUGGCACUGCUGAGAGAAAGUCCCUCUGCAGUACUGCACAGUGAGAGAGCAGAAAGGCUGGGAGCCUUGGACAUGCAGGUCCAAGGGAGGGGGACAGACGCUGUUCCCUUGGCAGCUGUACAGAGUUGUUCCAGCAAAAAGGUCUAUGAUGGGGCACGUUUGGACAGUUCAGUUGAAGUUGCCUUGCCUAAGAAGUAGCUGUUGCUGAGGGUAGCCAAGUGUGAUGAGUUACUGAAGAGCAGCAUGAAGGAAGGUUAACUGCAUUCCUUACAUUCUUGGGAUUUCAUUCCUGCUUUCCGUAAUGAGAAAAAUGGAAUAGCAUAAAGAAACUUCAUCGUGUCACAACAGAAUUGCAUUAAAGUGCAUUUUUAUAAAUCCUUUACUAUGGAAAAAUAAUAUAAAAGAACACACAUAAACUGCAACACAAAAUAUUUGUAGCAGAAUUAAAAACUUAAUAAUAGGAAACAUUAAAAUACAUGAACAAGAUAAACUGUAUAGACUAUAAGAGUAACAUGCUCACGGAUGGAAAUUACAUUAUUCCAGAGCAUUGUGAAUAAAAUUAAUUACAGAUCUAGCAACUAGGAGCACAAUUCAGUUUCCCUGAUAGUAGAUUAAUUUGGACAUUAAAGCAAUUGACCAGCUCCUCUUAACUCCAGUUGACACCAUAUGACAGUCCUGUUUUUUCAUUGAUAAAGCCCCUAAUUAAAAGCCUGAGUAAAAAGGUGUGUUUUGGCAUGGUGCCUAAAAGAGGUCAGGUGAGCCUCAAGGGGGAAAGGUGUUCCAAAAGCAAGGGACCACCGCAGAAAAUGCUCUGUCUCUAGUUGUUACCCGCUUCACCUUUGAAGACCUUCAUUGGCAGGUCUUAACUAGUAGACUGGAUAAUAUGGGAGGACACAGUCCUUUGGAACCAUACUGCUGCCUCCUUGUUCUUUUGGUUUUAGAAGGAAGUCACGUGCUCUGUCCUAGUCUAAUGCUCAUGCCGGUUUAGUGUUCCAGUGCACGUGUCCUUAUGUACAUAGCAGCAGACUGCAUACAUAUAGCUCUGUCCAGGGAUUCAGCUUGCUGGGCAGCCGGAGACAAUUUUUGUGUAUUACAGCAAAUAGAAUAUAGUAGGAGGCCAAAGUUCAGAAAGUUCAAGAAAUACAGAUUCAUGGUGUACUUUGUACUUCUUUGUUCUUGUUUUUAUACUGCAAUUCUCUCUUUUAAAAAAAAAACACUUAACAUCACCCUAUGACAUUUUCAUUGGAA